AGGACUUGAAAAUCUUUGAACAAAUUUGGAAACUUUGUUGACGCUACACUUGAAAAGCAUUGACAAUUGUGUUUGCGCAUGCGCACAUGCGAUUAAACCAAGCAGCUGAAGCUGGUGUCAAAACACAGAGGGAAGCUAGCAGCGGGCAGCGCAGGUCCUCGUUUCUCGUUGGGUUUAGCUCUAUUUUUUGGUGACUGUUUGUCUACACAAAGUGUGUUUUCUUCAUCAUUUACGUCCGCGUACCAUGACCGAACAAUCAGCACUACUUCUCCGAAAGCAACUGGCAGAGCUCAACAAAAACCCCGUGGAGGGCUUUUCAGCUGGUCUCAUCGAUGACGAUGACAUAUACAAGUGGGAGGUUGUGAUCAUCGGUCCACAAGAUACUCUUUUUGAAGGAGGGUUUUUCAAAGCCUACCUAACAUUUCCCUAUGACUAUCCUCUACGGCCACCAAAGAUGAAGUUUAUUACUGAAAUAUGGCAUCCAAAUGUUGCAAAGAACGGAGACGUUUGUAUCUCGAUCCUCCAUGAGCCAGGAGAAGACAAGUUUGGCUAUGAAAAGCCUGAGGAGCGCUGGCUUCCCAUCCACACAGUAGAGACAAUCAUGAUUAGUGUUAUUUCCAUGUUGGCCGACCCCAACAGCGACUCGCCCGCCAACGUGGACGCCGCCGUGAAAAGAGUGGAGGGAGGACCCCAACGGCGAGUUCAAGAGGAAGGUGGCUCGCUGCGUAAGAAAAAGUCAAGAGAUGGCGUUCGACUAGGAGCUGGCUGUAGAUUCCAGGUUAAAGGAAAGGCCUUCAGAGGGAAAUCUCCAGAGAAAGGCUUUCGCUCCCCUUGUUUUGCCAGUCAGAGGAAUCGGUCGGCCUCCACCACCUUUCUGUGAACGAUCUGUCACUUGAGCCAAUUUGUGAAACCCUACCAGCGAAAUUGACCUGUUUCCUACCUGGAAUUGUAUAUUUAAUUUUAUUUAUUUUGAAUGGAGAAAAGAAAUGAUGUAAGAUAUGUCACUACUGUAAAUUAACUUGCUUUUUUAUCUGCUGCUGAACAGUUUCUACUUUAUACCAGGUUUCUUAUGCAAUUUAGUGGUCAAGGUUGUGUAAAGCUAAAGCCUGUUCUGGUCACCUGUCCUCCCUGCUGCAUACUAACCGGGUGUUUUCCUUCAUUUCCCCGACAAACCCCGUCAGUUGCUGUGAUUUAUUUCUGACGCCGUUGCCUUUUGUUGGCUCCACCUCCUGCUCAUGGUCUCCAGGAAAAAAAGGCUGACAACUUUUAGAGCACCGUCUAGUUUUGAAGUCUUAAAUGUGUCCUGAGAAGCCGCCUGCUGUGUGCAUUUCCCUCCUCUCUUCCGUGUGUGUCUAAGACGUUAAAGCUCCCAGACAAACGUGCAUGAUGCCCUCAGACGGCCGUUAAUUCCCCUCGAGCGACUUGUUUUGAGGGUCGUUGUUGAGCGUCUGGCUCACACACUGGCAGAAGGUCUGUGCCAACUUCUCAGGAUCGGACUUUUGCCGAGCUCUUGAGUAGCGGUUUGUAAGCCGGAGUUCUGGAUGCCGCGAACCAGCCGGUCGGCAAGGAAGUCUGUGAAUUAUCAGUUAGAUGCUCCAAACUGGCAUCUGAGCUUACCUCAAUUGAACAGGAGGAGACAUCUGACAGGUUUAUGGUUGAGUUAUUUUAGGGUUCUUUAGAGGUUUUAGGGGCUCCAUAGUAGAGUUAGUGAGUGAUCCUUUCUUUGUUGUGGCACAUUAGUGUGUGUGUGUGGGUAAGAUCACAUUCACCUCUCUGUUUAGAUUCUUCUAUAAACAUCUGGAGUUCUGAUUGGCCCAAUCUUUUUUUAGAACUGCAACCAAAUCACUGAACCCCAGACUUUAAGUUAACUCGCCCACUAGUAAAGAACAUGAUAAACUCUGAAUCUAGAUGUUGUUUUUAAACAGUCUGGGUGGAGUGUGGAAGCCACUGGCCAGUCUUCACUUUAUCGAUGGUGUUUCUAACUGUUAAGCCAUGAUUGAUCAAUGACAGAAACAUAGCAAACCAUCUCUUGGCGCAUGCAAUCAGGUUCGAAGGAGCGCGGUCUGUUUAAUUAGGAACCCUGUUAGUACAUUCUGAGUGAAUGUGAUGUGUACAGUUAGUAAAGUUGUGUAGACUUGAUCACAUACCUGCUGUCGACAUUACCUUUUUAAAUCAGAAUUUCUAACCUACCAUGACCUCCUCUGACCGGUGUUCACUGUAUUUGCACAGAUUCGGUGCGUUUGAAACGUCAUUAAGCAAUACGCUCUGAAAAAUGGUUUGUCCAGGUAAUCCACCACAACGCCAUUUUAUUUGUCGUAGGUUUGUUUGUUUUUUGGGUUGUUUUUCUUGUUCCAUUUUUUUGUGUCAAUGCAAUGUAUAUUGGACAUGAUGCUCAAUAAAGAGUGUAAACACGA